CAUUGAACACAUCCUUUCUCUACAUCUAUGGGCGUUUGCACUGAAAUAGUUUAAGUUCAAAGUGUUUGUCAUCAGUUAGUUUUAAAGCAUUAAAAUCUGUGUUCUUUUAGUUUCGAAUAAGCAAGGGCUGUUUGUUGGAUCACGGUUGCGGUGGAGGAUGGAGGAGCUGAGUCAGAACACUGCUGGAGGAGGACAGACUGUGAAAGAAGAAGAAGAAGUGAUGAAGGAGAACCUGACAGAGAUGGCAGCUCCAGAUGCAGACGAGGAAGACGAGGAGGCUCUUCCUCACUCAGAGAUCCUGGACAUUUUCGAGGAGGGACUUGCUCGACUUGUGCAGGACCCUUUACUCUGUGAUCUACCAAUUCAGGUGACUCUAGAGGAGGUAAAUUCUCAAAUUGCUCUGGAGUAUGGACAGGCAAUGACAGUGAGAGUUUUGAAGGCGGAUGGUGAAAUAAUGCCCAUAGUGGUGGUGCAAAACGCUACUGUCCUUGAUCUGAAAAAGGCUAUUCGCAGAUUCAUGGAGCUGAAACAACAACGUGAAGGCGGAGUGAAACAUGUCAGCUGGAGAUAUGUUUGGAGAAAUUAUCAUUUAGUAUUUCAGGGGGAAAAGCUUGAAGAUGACAAAAUGAGGCUUAAAGACUACGGGAUCAGGAACAGGGAUGAAGUGUCAUUCAUGAAGAGACUGAGGAAAAAGUGAGGCUCUGGGGGGAAAACCACCGGUUCCUGCAGUGUGUACUGGCGUGACUGUAGCAGUCUCUCUGGCUUAAAAUUAACUGUGACAAAGUAUUCAUCAUUAUAUGAAACUGCUAUUUGGGACAGCCUUGACACGAAUAUCUUUAUAUGCAUCAUAAAUACAAAUACAGUAUUUACCCAGAAAUUCCCUUUACAAACUGUUCUACUUCUUAAAGAAGCUACAUGUAAAUAAAUAUCUGGAAUGCUGGAUGUUGGUCCUCCCUUAUACUGCCUGUGUGCAGUGAUUUUUUUUUAAACAGGUCUGAAAUAUUGAAAUAUAUUACAGUACUUUUGCUUCAUUUGAAUUUGUAUUUCAACAAGAGCAGUCUGUGGCACUUUCCAGAGAGGGCAGAUGUAAACAUAACCUGAUGUUUUGAAUAUUUCCUGGUGUGAACACUACAUGCCCUUGUCAACCUAGUUUGAAUGUUGCAUGUGCUUGACCCACUGGAGCAGCUUGGGGAGUCAGGUA